CACACCGAAAACGAGACUGUUGACCUCACACCCAAGGAAGCCAUUUUACCUGACAGGUAGCGCGUCAAUGAAAGGUUUAUUUUAUAGCGAUCAUUUGGGAAUUUUUGUCAAUAGGUGACACCGGUACACUUAGAAAUAGUGAAUUCAAACAGGGAAAUGCCCAAGAAGUAGAGUAGAUCGUUCCAGUUUCCAGCAGAUCACGUCAAAUUUCGAGCCCGCCGUGCCAGGUGUCAUAAAGUUUUGGGUCGUGAUUCACACAGGUCUUGAGUACGUCAACUGUGAAAAAGUUUUCUGUAUCUUAAAAGUUUAUUCGGAACUUAGCAGAACAACUAGCAGAAGAUGACCAUGGGGGAUGAAGCGCUGUUUGCCUCCAUGGUGAUGCCGGUGGUGUUUGGACCUAUUUUAGAAAAGCUUGAGAAGAGAGACAUAGGAGCUGCACAAACUCUCAGAGCUGCCCUAACAAAAGCUGAAACUAACCACCCUGGACUGGCUUAUGACAUGGUGAAAGGCAUCCUAAGGAAAGCAGAGCUGGCAGGAAAAGUAGACAUGUGUGAAAGUCUUCUCAGGUUAGAGGGACUCAACCAGUCAGAUGAGUUCCGCAUUGAUCGUCCAGAACCAGCCUUCCAGGAGCUCAACCAGCAGUCUGCCACACUGAAGAAGAUUCUGAGCAGGAUCCCAGACGAAAUUUAUGACAGAAGAAAGUUUUUAGAAACUAUUAAGGACAUAGCUAGUGCCAUUAAAACUUUACUGGAUGCAGUGAACAGUGUAGUCAAUUAUAUACAGGGACCAGAAAAUAAGCAGUUACUUGACCAGAGGAAAAGAGAAUUUGUGAAGUAUUCCAAAAGGUUUAGCAACACACUUAAAGAAUUCUUUAAAAAUAACCAGAAAUCGGACGUAUUUCUCAGUGCAAACUAUCUGGUCAAUCAAACCAGUGUGAUAAUGAAGACUGUGAAAGCAGCUUGCUGACUUUGAACAUUGUGCUGGUUGUGACAAAGCAAGGCACACCUAACACAUUCUCUGCAUCCCUGUGCAGAGUAAUAUAUGAAUAGUUAACUGCCAGAUCUAGUAGUCUGAUUAGAUGACAUCUUCCAAUGUGAGAAUAUAAAAGAAGAGGAUUAUUUUAGACUGCUAAUUGAUAUAUGCAUAGGGAGAUCUGUAGUGUGUUGUUGAGGACUGAUGGCGGAAUCAGAAUAAUUAUUUAGUAAAUUGGUUCACGAGUUGACUGAAGUUGAAACUUUUGAGGCAUUUUUGGCACAGGCUAGGUGAAAACAAUGUGGAUGAUUGGUUUCUGUGGCCAUCAGAUGAAAUAUUUUCUGCAGCAAACUAUUUUCGUAUGAGCAGAACAGUAUGAAAAAUCAACCUUGACUCUUCUGAAGGUCAAGGUUAGACACUAUUUUCGAGGUUUUUGCUUUAGACGGAGGAGUUUCAAGGGCAGCUCAUGACAUGCUAAAAUCUUCACUGACCAGAGGGACAACUUGAGAGAAAAUGGCAACCAAUUAUCAUAUAUAAAAGCUAUAUUUAUAAAAGGUCAUUACGUUCUAGAAUGAAAAAUGGUUGGAAAUUUUCAGGAGUUUGAUGAUUCAUUAGGUAUGGCCAUGUUAUCUAUUAGAACACGAGGAAUGGAAGUUCAGUUAAUUGCUUAGUCUACUCAUUGAGGUUGUUUUGGCAUGAACUUGUAAGCUUAUUUCUAAUGCAGCACUGGAAUCCUAUGGUAUAGGUUCUCAAGCAAAUGAAUAUAAAUAGGUGCUUCUCACUUUAAAGUGGAACCAAAUUUUAGAGGAAAAAAUGACAAAAUUAGUUGCACUUACAAAAAGUAGUAGUGGUUGCUAAACCAAAAUUAGGGAAAUUAGCUUUUAUAUU